GGGCAGCUUGUCUAGUGCAUGGCUGUGCGCUGCCAAUGUAACAGCAGCUGAGUUGGCGCAUGCCGCGCGCCACGAGCCUGAGGUGGGUACAAUACCCAGCAAGCCCAAUCAAGGAUGAUUCCGAAGAGGAGGUAAUCUUUCUAUCUUCCAGUGGUCCAGAGAGUCAGGACCCUCCAUUCCCAGGUUUUUAUGAUCAGGCACAGCCAUCGUCCAAGGAUGAUAGCUCAGAUCCAGAGAUCAUCGAGUUUGUGUCCGAGGCAUGCCAUUGACAGUGAACGAAUCGAGAGUCAGGCUGACCGAAGAGUUGGCCAUCCCUUGCCCCACAUCCGCCAGCAACCUUUUCCUUGGAGGAGACCGACCACGGUUCACUCCAUUCAUGGUGGUCGUGGUCGAGGUAGCACGGCACAGAAACGUGAAAGUCGCGGGGCCGUAGUCACCGUAGUCAAGCUUGAGGAUGAAUCCUCGCCUCCUGAUGUGACAGAUACAGCUUUAGUGGAUGUGGUGGGCGGUUUGCCCAAACGGCUGGGUGCCGGUGAGGCAACUGCUUCAUAUAGAAGCUCCCCGAGAAAAUGCAAGGAGAAGUUACUGCAGGAGGCUAUGACAAGGACAGUUGCAGAAGCGAUGGAACAAAACUCUGAAGCCUCGCAAAAACAAAUCCACCAACGUGAGCAGAAAGAACCAGUCGCAAGUUCCAGUGCCGUGUUGCACUGCGACCAGACAGACUUGAAUCACACUGUAAGUGAAACUCAGGUCAGGAUGAAAUUUGAGGAAGUGGAAGAUAUGCCAGUGCAGGGUCCCACCCUGGAAGAGGAGGAGUCGUUGCAAUGUCAGGCCAUUGCUGAAAACUGCUUGAAGAGAUUGAAGGAGGAGACGCUGACAUCAAGUCAGGUUCCAACUUCAACAGAGCCCGUGGCAUCGGAACCACAGUGUGCCGAAGAGGAGGCUAGUAGUACCAGCUGGUGCGAUGGGCAGGUGUCAAGCAGUUUCCCAGAGGAUCACGGUGAAUUUGUUGAGAACAUGGACCACGCUGAGAUCGCAGUGAGCAGUAGUAGCAGCAGUAGUGGGGCAACGAAUCCAGAAAUCCAGUCAUUGAGACAACGAAUCGAUGAAUGCGUGGCCGCGCAAGGCCCCUUGCGCGAAAAAGCCAACGAGAUGUUGAGAUCUCUUCACCAUCAUAGAGCUAUGCUGAAGGCCGCUCGGAAGGAGGUCGAGAAAAGUGCCAAAUCCGCUGAGGUGGCGGCAAAAGUGCGGCAAGCCCAGCUGCUGGCAGAGUUAAGACACUCCCACAGCCAGGUUUGGCAAGUUCAUGCGCAUUGCAUUGCCGAAAACAUUGACCUCAAGGAGAAGUUGCGUGCUUCCUUGGAACGGCGUGAAAAGCUGCUGAAAGAGAUUCAACUGGUGAAGAUGUCUCCAUGCUUCCCCCAGGAGCGCUGCCUUAAAGCCCUGUCACCACCUCCUGGACUUGAGCGCAUUGAAUCAGAUGAAUACACAAGUUCUGGUGAGACGAAAACAGACUCAGAGGAGUCAGAGUGUCAAGGAGUUUGCAAAGCUCCAGCCCCAUCAGCGCAUUUCAAGUCGGUGAAGUCACCCAGCAUUUUUCCAGAUGAAGGAGGCAAAGAUGUCCUUCUGAUGGAGCAGCCAGAGCAGCCAGAGCCAGAACCCUUCAAGUCUCCUCACGUUGGGCCAGUCGAGGCAGUUAUGCCGCCAAUCCUGCAAUCACUGCCAAAGCCCAUCGCUUCUGAGCGUAAAGACUCAGAUGCGCAGGACUUGACAGGUUUGGAGGUGGCACCACCACCUGGAUUGGAUACCUUUCAAGCCAGGGGGUCUGGUGUGGAAGUGAACGGCCGCUGUUGGGUUGCCAAAGCAAACAAGUCCAAGGUGCCAGGCACGAAAGGCUUCGCGAAACGCCGCCUCUCUGCGUUGUCAGUUGGCAUGGAGGUAGAGGGAGAGAUUCUUCAUUACUCUGCAGGGGUUGGAGCCUUUGUGAAUGUUGGAGCAGCCAUUGAUGGAUUUGUGAAUUCUUUGGACAUGCCAGCAAUCAAGCUCAAAGCUGGCGAUCUUGUCAGCGGCCUGGUGGUGCGGGAGAUUGAUUUGAACGCACCCAGGCUUUUACUGAGCGCAGCCAAUGUGAUGGUGCACUGCUAGCUGACGACGUUAGAACGAUGUUCCAAAUCCUGAAACAACAAUCAACAACUGUUGUGUUUCGAGAUUUGUUCAAGAAGAAUAAGAAGAUGCUGUCCUCGACCGCAUCGGUUCAACUGCUCUGUUUGUACAUCAAGGAUUCACUAGCCUUGCAAAAUUGGGAAAUUGCAAAAAGUGGCUGUGAACAUUGUAGACAAG